GAAGCCUAUGUGAUAUCUGAUGGUGCUUUUCUGCUUUGUGGUUUUAAGAAAGAGGGUUGGAUAGGUAAUCAAUUUGUCUCAUGUUUUUGUCAUCCCCCAGCCCCCCUGCCCCCCAAUCCUGUAAAUAACUCCCAAGAAAUUGUAGAGUUCCGUAUCAUAUAUGGACUGAAGCCAAGAGCUAGGAAUCACAUGAAUAGUGUAGAUUAAGGAUUGCUCUUGACAGUGGAAAAACUACUAGAUAGAAAUGGCCUGUCUGUACUGGCAUGGGUGUAAAGUACAUGCAUAGCUUAUUGAGGUUAAUGUCAGGUUAAGAAUCAUAUUUUUAAUAAUACAAUGUUAAGAAAUGUGUUCUUAAAUGUUGGAUUUUUUUUCCCUUUUUUAAGAACAAGCUGUAUUUAGCCUUGCCCCUUCUUUUUCCGAAAUACCACAGAACCUAAAAGUACAUAAGGGAUGAGUGAAGCCAAAGCUGACAGCAGGCUGUAAGCCUGGAAGUUAGUUAUCACUCAGUGGGAAUAGCAACAGAGAGUAGUUAGGAAAGUAGUUCAUUGGCAUCAGUUCUCUCUACUAAAAUUAUUAAUUAAAAGUGAAGGGGGGCAAUUCAAGGACUGAUUUUUACAGAGCAUAGGGUUGAGGUGGUUUAGUUAGAAGUAGAGGAAGUGAAGGCAGAAGCUGGGGGUGGGGAGUGGGAAGAGGUGUUCUCUUUGAUUAGGCCAGAACGUGAUGAAUAAUGAUUUUGUUCAGUUUUCCUCUUCAGUCCAGUCUACCUUUUUAACUUCAAACCUAAGAACAGAUGUUUGAGAGGUUAAAUCAGGUUCAAAAUGGCUGCUCAGUUUUAAACUUAGCUCAUUCUGGUGCUGACAUUACACUUUUAGACCUGGUCUCAGUGACUGGCAAUCAGUCUAAACCUGUAACAAAAUAGAAAUUCUGUGCACACAAACGGGUUAAAUAAUUGCAAAACCUGGUUAAGAUAAACCUGGAUCUAUGUAGUAUCAGACUUAACUUGAGCUAGGUCAAAACCAGUGCGUGGAAUUUCUGUCCCCCCUGCCCUGUGUCGUCUUGGAAAACCCAGCCCCAGGCCUGCUUUUUUUUUUUUUUCUUUUCACUCCCUUCCCCCCCCCUUCCCCUACUCUGGUCUGUUUUUUUGCUCUUCCACCCAGCCAGCACUCAGCCCCCCAUCCCUCAAGUCAUUCUAGGUACAGCUGCUUUCAUCAGUGUUUGCUGCUGCUGGAGUCAAGGAGCCUUUUGCUGCACAUCAUGAAUACAUGCGUCAAAUGAUGAGAAGCUUUUCUGAUCCUUUUGGACGAGAUCCAUUUCUCAGUAUUACAGAUGGUGGCGAAAGAGGUCUAGAUCAAAGAGGACGCUAUGAUUCUCAGGUUGCUCUGAGGGGGAAUCAGAGAGCCAUGAGUUGUUCCCUCGUGCCCUUUGGCAGCUUUGGUAAUAUGGAUUCAAAUUUAAGGGACCCUUUCUUUGCAAUGGACAGAAUUAUGUCAAAUAUGAGAAACAGCAUGCUCGACCUGCAAAAAAAUUUUGAUGAACUGUCAAUCAAUCCAGAUGCCCACACAUUCAGAUCUUCCUCGGUAAUGACCUAUUCCAAGAUAGGUGAUGAACCACCAAAAGUUUUCCAGGCUUCAGCUCAGACCCGCACAGCUCCAGGAGGUGUUAAAGAAACUAGAAAAGCCCUUAAAGAUUCUGAAAGUGGACUGGAAAAAAUGGCUAUCGCUCAUCAUCUUCAUGAGCGUGCUCACCUCGUCAAAAAAUCCAAGAACAAUAGAACUGGUGAUGAAGAACUGAAUCAGGAAUUCAUCAACCUGGAUGAAUCUGAGGCCCAGACCUUUGAUGAGGAAUGGCAGAGGAAGAUUACAAAGUUCAGGCCAUCUGGACCUAGAGGCAAUUUAGAUGCCCCAAAGCAUAGAAGUAUCCAUUACAUAAACCAGGAGGAUGAAGCAAGAAGGGAGAAACCCCAUCAAAAAACACCAAUUGCAGGUUCCAGAAGACCUAAAGCUGCUUUGGAGAGCCUCAAUGUGAAGGGAUCUCACGUUCCCAUCAGAACCAGCAAAAAAUAAAUGGCUUGCAUACUCAAUUGUAUGGAGUGUCUUCAGAGAAGAUAAUAGUGCUGGAUCACACACACAUGUGUAUAUAUACUUAUAUAGAUAUAUAUAUAUAUCUAUAUAUAUAAGACCAAUCUCUAUUCUUGUUCUUUUUAAGCAUUAGUGUGCCUUGCCACUCCGUUCAUUUGAACACUGAAUAUUCUUGGAAGACUCUAGUUGCUUGGUGACUGCACAUCUUUUUGAGUAGUAAAAGAAAAUAUUUAACCUUAAAAAGCACUUUAAAAUAGGUUUAUUACUCUCUUAGUCUAUUUUAAAAGGUAGUACUUUGCCUUCCAAGCUUUUUUUUUCCUUCAAGUGCACUGAUCUCAAAAGGCAUUUAUAGAUGUGCUCUGGGGGUGGCAGGGAGUGGGGAGGUUGUUGGGGGCAGUACUUCAAUUAGAGCAGCUCCAAGAGCCGCUCUAAUUAAAGUGCCCAAAGCGUUGAGUGUAUUGGCAUCCCUGGCUGAAAAAUGGUGGCAAGUUUAGCUUAACUAAAGCUCACUAAAGCACCCUCACCGCCACUUUUCAGUGCAGGGAUGCUGAUGCAUUACGCUGGAGUCUGCUCCGACGCGCUGUAACUACCAUGCUCCAACAGACUGUAUUAAUAGAGUCUGCUCCGACGCACUGUAACUACAGUGCAUCAGAGCAGCCUUCCUGCACAUGUAUACGUGUCCAAAGUUUUUGGCAAGCUUGGUUAUGAAACUUACCCAUGCAAUACGAUUUAUAGAGGAUUUUUUUUCUUGUGGCUGAAGCAAUACUAGUGUGGUUCUGGUGAAACACCAGUUUAAUCACAAAUGCUAGUCAGUAAUAGCCAACAUGCUUAUAGCUUUAAAAAUAAAAUGGAAUGAAAAUUAUGUAAUGUUACACUGUAAAUUGCCAGACUCAUAAGGAUUACCUUUAAAACAAUGUGAAGAGAUUUUUAAAAAGUCAUGUAGUUCUUAUUUAACAACGUUAUUUUAAGUUUUGUGGGUUUUUCCAAUGUUCUUAUCCUUUACUGUCUAGCUUUUCCAUACUUUCUAUACGUACCUGACUUGAUUUCAUUGUCCCUCUGUUAUAUCUGCUCUGUAGCUUUAUCUGCUAUGUAUACUUCUUUUGGAGGCAGCCCACUUUUUUUUUUUUUUUUUUUUUUUUUCCACCUUGAUUCCCCCUUUUUUUGUGGGGAUAUACUGUGCAUUUUGUUUUUAUUUUCCCUUGUAAGAUGAUUUGGCUAUAAUUCUUGGAGUUCUUGACCAGUCUGAUCUGUGAGAGUCGAGCUUAGAAUCUUUGGUCAGUAGAAGGUAUAUUCAUUACGUGCUAAAUAAAUAAUGACACCAUUCCCUUUCUAAAUGAUUUAGUUUGAAAAAAAACUCAGGUCUAUCCUUAUGUGCAGGAAAGCAUUUUCUGAUCCAUCUUGUCUCACUGGCCUUUGUAUUGGUUUGUACUCAGAUCUCUUAAGGUAAAAGGAUCUGAGAUCUGGUAAAUUUUUAAAAUUUUUCGUUUUCCUGAAAACUCUUUAUUUCAGUGUUCUUUGUUUCUUUGCUGUUUACUUUCAAGUUUCUUGUACUUCGAAGUUGAAGAAGUCCAACUGUGUGACUGGGAAAAGGAAACUUCUCCAUCCACGUUAUCUGUAAAACUUCUGUAUGCCACUUUUUUCUUUGAGUCGCAGAUCAUAUGUAAACAUAUGCCUGAACAAUUAAUUUAAAAAUAAAUAAAUGACAGCAUUUUAA